GGAAAUCAAGAACAACGCCUUCAAGCUCGGCAGAUGGACGGCCCAGGCCGUUCUGGCUGGGUGCGACUCCAUGAAGAUCGGCUACGUGUCCAGGAUGUCACCCAGCGACCCGUGGAACCACAGCAUCCUUGGCUGCAUCUCGCACCACACCGACGGCUUCGCGGACCAGAUCGGGCUGAGCCAGCACAACAUGUACGGCAUUCUGAGGACGUUCAUAGACACCAUCAUGGAGUGGGACGAUGGCAAGUACUUGAUCAUGAAGGAUCCGAUCAAGCCCGUGCUAAGAAUUUACGACAUCCCGUGGGAUACCUUCAACGAGGACGACGAGGACGAGGACGAGGAAGAAGAGGAGGACCCAGACCUUGACGAUGAUGGCAACGUGAGGCCUCGGCAAGACUGACCUGUGAUUCUCGAGAAUAAAGAGCUUUGCUGUCGUAGGUUUUGACUCUGCAAGCCCGGGCGAGUCCUGUAAGGAUGCCCACACACGGCUUCUGCUAUGCCACGAGCGUUCUCGAGAUCGUAUUUUGGUACAGUAGUCUUGUCGAAUCGACAGGGGGCAGGAUAGAGUGACCCGGUCGUAAGUCCGGGUCGCCGCGGCAGCUUCCCAGACUCUGCCGCGUGUGAAAGACUCGUCCGGCCUGCGGCAACCGGGAAACAACGA